AUGAAACUCAUUGGAAUGGAAACUAAUAUCUAUGAGGAAGAACAGGGCUCACCUUAUCUUACAUCUGCCAAAUGCCUGGGGACUCCAAAGGAAGCAAAGUAUGAAGAAUACAAAAGAAAGGUUGAAAAACAGUCAAGUCCAUCUGAAUUUCAGAAUGUUUUACUGGAACCUGAGUUGAGUUUGCUGUCUGCGUCAUCCUUGUUGGAUCUCAGGGAGACAUCCUUGCAAUCUGGCACGGUUGCAGCGUGUGUCUGUGCCACGGAUCAGUCUGAGACAAAGCACCUUUGUGAAGAAUUACUCUGCUCUUCAGAGCACAAGCCAAGGGAAGAUCCUUUACACCUUCCCUUGCAUACAGAAUGGCCAGUCCUCACAGAAAAAAAAUCAGACAAGAAACCAGAAAGGAGUCAUGAGAUCAGAGUCAUAAAACACAAACCAAGUGCUAUCGCAUUUUCUGAUUUUGAAUUUUUAUCACAUGAAGGUAACACUAAACUCCAUAUUUGUGAGGCAGGAGAAGCAGGUGAUUUUUCAUCUGAUGAGGAGGAAGUAGAUGGUAGACAUGAUGAUGCGUUUACGGAACUGCCACUAUAUGAGGCAUUUUUCAAUUGUCUUCAUGGAGGGAAUGUUUCUCAAAGAAAGCAAGCUAAACAUGAACUUACCAAGGUUCCACACAUCUGUCAUUUAGAAAACUGUGAUGAUCAUUCUGAAAAGGAAUUGAAGGACCAUGACAAGGAAGAAAAACACAUGGAGCUGGAGACCCAACCAGAAAAAGGAUCUGAAUGGCCAGACUCUAUGUCAUGUCUUAUGAAGAAACUGGAACAGUUAAACUUAGAUAUUGAAGAAGCAUUGAGUGCUAGCUCUUCUCCCUCCAGUACUCCUUCUACCAGAAGGCACAAGCAACUGUGCCCUGUUCAAGUGGAGGCAGGCUUUUAUGCAGAUCAUCAAGGAAAGGGAUCUUGGAAAAAUAGAAGAGCAGACUACCAGGAACUAGACUGUUUGCCUUACCCAGUGUCAACUGGAGCACGACCUAAAACAGAUGUGCUGUUUCAGAAGCUGUGUAAGGAGAAAGCAGGUUGUUCUAUGAAUGUGUGCAAAAAAUGGCUGCCAGGAGACUUCGGGAAACACAGAAACAGAGAAAUCGAAGCAAAGGAAGCGUGUGACUGGCUACGUGCAGCUGGAUUUCCCCAAUAUGCUCAGUUCUAUGAGGACUCCCAGUUUCCCAUUGACAUUUCUGCAGUAAAGAAAGAUCAUGAUUUUCUUGACAAGGACCUUGUAGAACCUCUUUGCAGACGACUGAACACACUGAACAAGUGCGCCUCAAUGAAACUCGAUGUGAACUUCCAAAGAAAAAAGAGUGAAGAUUCAGAUGAAGAAGACCUCUGUGCUAUCAGUAAUAAAUGGACUUUCCAACGAACUAGCAGACGAUGGUCUCGGGUGGAUGAUAUUGAUGCUUUGCUUCACCGAUCAGACAGACAUGGAUCUUCUGGUGACAUUAAAAUGAAAAAUACAACAAGCAGCGAGAGCGUCCUCACAGAUCUGAGUGAACCUGAGGUAUCUUCCAUUCACAGCGAGAGCAGUGGGGGAAGUGACAACAGGAGUCAAUCCGGCAUCAGCAGUGCUGCCAGGGAGACCUGUGACUGCUCUGGCCAGCAUGAUGUAGAAGGCACACUGUUGCAAGACUCCACUGUGAUAAACACCACUCUGUCCCCCAAGGACAACCUGAAGAAUGACAAACCAACACGAACCAAAGCAAAAACCUUUCUAAAACGUAUGGAGACACUAAAAGCAAAAGGUGUGCAUGGAAAACUAAAAGGCUUGGGAAGAACGGGUCCUCUAGAGAUAAGUGGACCUGUUCUCCAAUAUGAGCCAAAAACCUUGAAAGACAUGCACUGUGUACAGAUAGUCAAUGGUGAUCUCAAAAACUUAGGACAAGAUUCAAUCAAAAGAGGACUUUCCUUUUCUGCCAAAUCCAGCAGUGACAGCAGUCAGUCUGAAAACAGCAGCAGUGGGGUGAGCACACCGUGCUUCAAGGAACACAAAUGCCAUGAAGCAAACAAGAGAGGUGGAAUGUACCUGGAGGACCUGGAUGUUCUGUCAGGAACAGCCUUACGGCAAGUGGUGGACCAAAACCGCAAAAAUGAAUUUCAUUCCCAGGAGAACUUGGUUGUGCAUAUUCCCAAGGAUCACAAACCAGGGACCUUUCCAAAGGCACUUUCUAUUGAAAGCCUCUCACCUACAGACAACAGUAACAGUGUAAACUGGAGGACAGGCAGCAUCUCUUUGGGAAAGCAGAACUGCUCUACUCCAAAAGAGUCUGGAUUGAUGGCUUGCUGUCCUAAAGAGAGCAGAAUUAGUAUUUAUGAUAAUGUGCCAGGUUCCCACUUGUAUGCUAGUACUGGUGACCUCCUGGACUUAGAGAAAGAUGUACUUUUUCCUCAUUUAGAUGACAUUUUGCAGCAUGUCAAUGGACUCCAGGAGGUGGUAGAUGGCUGGUCAAAGAAUGUGUUACCAGGUCUGCCAGUCAAUGAUGUGUCAGUCAGGGAAUCUCCAUCAUUGCCUUUCCAGUCGCCCACACAGAUCACACUUGAUUUUGAAGGAAACUCUGUUUCUGAUGGCCGGACCACACCGAGUGACAUGGACAGAGAUGGAACAUCCCUGAAUGAAUCUGAAGCCACUGUUGUUAGGGACAGGAGAGACUCUGGGGUGGGAGCAUCGCUCACAAGGCCAAGCAGACGAUUACGAUGGCAUAGUUUCCAAAUCUCUCAUCGCCAAAGCCAUUCCAUCGCAUCACUUCACAUCAGCAAUCAGUCAGCAGCCCAACUUAAUCUGCUACAGAAAUUCUCUCUGCUUCGCCUUACUGCCAUCAUGGAAAAGUACUCCAUGUCAAACAAACAUGGCUGGACCUGGUCUGUGCCAAAGUUCAUGAAAAGGAUGAAAGUCCCUGACUACAAGGACAAGAAUGUCUUUGGUGUGCCUCUGAUAGUUCACGUCCAGAGAACAGGACAGCCUCUUCCCCAGAGCAUACAACAAGCUCUACGCUACUUACGGAGCAACUGUCUGGAUCAGGUGGGUCUGUUUCGAAAAUCCGGAGUGAAAUCCCGAAUCCAGGCACUACGCCAGAUGAAUGAGAACUCACCAGAAAAUGUCAGCUAUGAAGACCAGUCAGCAUAUGAUGUGGCAGACAUGGUAAAGCAGUUUUUCAGAGACUUGCCAGAACCUCUCCUCACAAGUAAGCUAGGAGAGACUUUUCUACACAUCUACCAAUACGUCCCCAAGGAGCAGCGGCUGCAGGCAGUGCAGGCAGCCAUCAUGCUGAUGUCUGAUGAGAACCGGGAGGUUCUGCAGACUCUGCUGUGCUUCCUGAGCGAUGUCACCUCUGUGGAGGAGAACCAGAUGACUCCUAUGAACAUAGCUGUUUGUCUGGCCCCUUCCCUCUUCCAUCUCAAUAUAGUGAAGAAAGAAAGCUCACCAAGAGUCAUACAGAAAAAAUAUGCAACAGGGAAGCCAGAUCAGAAGGACCUCAGUGAAAACCUGGCAGCUACUCAGGGACUUGCUCACAUGAUAAUGGAAUGCAACAAACUUUUUGAGGUCCCACAUGAGAUGGUCACCCAGUCCCGAAACUCCUAUGUAGAUGCAGAAGUACAUUCUCCUACCCUGGACGAGCUUGGGAAACAAGUGGAUGAGGAAGGAGGGAACUAUCAGACGUACCUGGAAAGUCUCAUGCAGAAUCUCCAGAAAGAAGCAAAAGAGAAAUUCAAAGGAUGGGUCACAUGUUCCAGUAUAGAGAACACAGAACUUGCCUACAAAAAGGUUGGAGAUGGGAACCCACUAAGGCUUUGGAAAGCCUCAGUGGAAGUUGAAGCCCCCCCAUCAGUUGUUCUGAACAGAGUGCUGAGAGAACGUCACCUCUGGGAUGAGGACUUCCUGCAGUGGAAGGUGGUUGAGAGCCUGGACAAGCAGACAGAAGUUUACCAGUACGUUUUGAAUAGCAUGGCUCCUCAUCCUGUCCGAGACUUUGUUGUUCUAAGGACAUGGAGGACAGAUUUGCCAAAGGGGAUGUGCAUGCUGGUUGCCGUCUCUGUGGAGCAUGAAGAGGCUCCUCUUAUGGGAGCUGUGCGAGCCAUCGUGAUGGACUCUCAGUAUUUGAUAGAGCCAUGUGGUUCAGGAAAAGCUAGGCUAACACACAUCUGCAGAAUUGACCUAAAAGGGCAUUCCCCAGAGUGGUACAACAAAGGCUUUGGACAUCUGUGCGCAGCAGAAGUUGCCAGGAUCAGAAACUCAUUUCAGCCUCUGAUUGCCGAGGGACCAGAAACAAAAAUCUGAGGGAUUGUUCUUGGGAGCAUGUGAGCGUAAAUCGGGGUCUGGCAGGAACAGGAGUACUGAAAGCAAAGGUCUUAUUUAAGCUGCAGAAAUCUGACCAGACCUGGAUCUGUACAAAGCCAAAAGAGAAAUUUUAUAGGAAAGUUCUUUUAUUCUGGAGACUUCAUCUCCCCCUGCCACAUCCCUUCUAUAUUAAUUUCUAUUAUUGAAGUAAACAUUUCUUCAGAGAGCUUUUAUCAUUAGUACUUUAAAAUCAGACUAUUGCCAUUACUUGUGUGUCACAUAACUCUGGUAUUUAAAGGCUUCCAAGAAGCAUAUUUUAAUUGUAAAUAAGAUAUGUACAGUGUGUAUAUAUUUAUCUAUAUUAUAUCUAUAUAUAUGUAUAUGUAUAAAUUAAUUAUUUUGUAUAUAACUCAGUGCAAAUCACUUGCAUCAGCUGGACCUUAAGUGAAUCUGUCACUUGUUUCUUAGUGUGUCACUGCUACAUAAGCUGUGUUUGCUAUUAUCACAGGACUACCAGGCAUAAUCCGUGUGAUAACAGAAAUGCCUGUUCUCAAAUACGUUCCGUGUUUGCGUAUGCUGUGAGAAGGUACCUAGAAAUAGAUGUAGGAAGAAUUAAAAGAACUAAGGAAGUAGGAGGUUACUGUACGUUAAAAAAUAAUGAGGAGUGGAUCAGUUUCACCAAAUAAAUUAUGUGGAAAUGUAACUGAGAUAGUAGACAUUUUGAAGACUGUUUAUAUUCAGCUGCAGAAUUGUGACUGUUAGUACAAGUUGUUGUAAACUUACCUGUUGCCUUAAUUAUAAUAAUGGUAUAUCUGCCGCUUGAGAACCUCACUAUGUGCAGCAUUCAAAGUAACUGCUGAUUCUUUGUACAAGAUAAUGCUGUGUGUACUGAGGUGUCUGGAAUCAGACUGGUAAGUUAUUAAGCUAUAAAUCUUUUUCUUUCUCUUUAGCCUUUUGUCUAAGUUCUGAGUGUUUCUGUGUUGUCCUUUCCUUCUCCCAUAGAGAGGCUAAUUGUAAGGAGCUCCAAAGCAGAUUUUCUGUAUCCAGUGGACACAAAGACAGGCAGAUGAACACCAUUCCUUUUAAUAUUCUUCGUAUACAAAUAGCUAAACUUUUUUUUAAGCUUUUAAACACAUCUUGGAGAUUUAAAAGACUAAAUGCAGACUAUAUUUGGAAAGAUUGCUUUUAUAGUAACAGCAAGCAUUUUCGUAUUAUAAUGCACUGAUCUGCAUGAUCCUGCUUCUGUAGGCAUUGGUGGGAGCAGGAUUAGCCCCUGACAAUGGAGCCAUUUUAGCCUAUUUGUAAUUUCAUUUUCAGGGACCUGUUAUUUUGCUAAUGGAACAAUGCUUUAAAAGUAAUAAUAAUAAUUUGCUGAUGUUAUCUUUGGAGCAGGGUUUCAUUUCAUUUUUAACUAACCUAUGACCAAAAACUAUAUUACAUCUAUGAGUCAAUAAGAAUGUAUAAGCCUGUUAAUACUGUUGUUCAUUAAUCACAGUUGUUCACUUUUACUUUA